AUGUCGGACACUACGGAGAAGCCCUCAAUUGAUCUUGAGAGAAAAGGAGAGCAAACGUCUAAUGGUAGUGUCGAUGCCAGCUCUGUGAGUAGAAAUAGUGGUGUAUUGGAAGAAGCUCCUCAAACAUUCACAGGUGCUGGAGAUGGAGUACCGGAAGAGGACCUUCGGAGUUUUAACGAAUUGGCCCGUUUAGAAUCAACUACUUCAGGUGCCGAAGCAUUAUCAAGAAGAUUAACUGGUGCCGAUGAGUUAUUGAGAAGAGCCGAAACUUCUGACGAACCUUUACCUAAAAUGGGUAUGGGAAAGCCAUACCCUGAACCAUUACCAAGCAGAGAAAGCUAUCAAGUUAAUUUUGAUGGACCGGAUGAUCCAGCAAAUCCAGUUAAUUGGUCUUUGAAGAAAAAGAGUUUAAUGACAUAUUGUUUGGUGAUCUCCGCCCUUUGUGUUGCCAUUGGGUCUGCAUUCUUCUCUGCUGUAACGCCAGUGUUACAGGAGAAAUUUCAUAUUGGUCGUACCACAGCAACAUUGUCCACUUCACUUUAUGUGUUUGGAUUUGCAUCAGGUCCUAUUGUAUGGGGCCCUCUAUCUGAAUUAUAUGGUAGAAAGGCUAUUCUUUUGGCUUCCAUGUUUGGUUACAGCUGCUUUUGCUUUGCUACUGCCACAUCUAAAGAUCUUCAAAGUAUUAUGAUUACUAGAUUCUUCACUGGGUUUAUUGGUGCUGCUCCUUUGGCUGUAUGUCCAGCUGUUAUGGCUGAUUUAUAUUCAGCAGCAUCAAGAGGUGUAGCCAUUUCCUUUUUCGCUAUAUGCUUGUUUGGUGGUCCCCUUUUGGCUCCAAUAUUUUCUGCCUUUAUUGUUAAGAACCAACAUAUGGGCUGGAGAUGGUGCGCUUAUAUUAUGGGUAUUAUGGGUUGUGUUGCUACCGUUUCUGUUGCAUUUGUCUUGGAAGAAACCCAUAGACCUUUGAUUUUGGUUAGAAAGGCUGAAAUCUUAAGAAGACGUACAAAGAACUGGGGGAUCUAUGCUCCUCAUGAAGAGGUUUCCCUUUCUUUGAAGGAAAUCGCUGAAAAGAACAUUACCAGACCCAUAAAAAUGUUAGGCCUGGAACCUAUUUUGUUUUUGGUUUCAUUAUAUAAUGCAUUCGUUUAUGGUAUGUUAUACUUGUUCUUAACUGCUAUUCCUUUGAUUUUUCUGGGUGAAUACCAUUGGAUUGCUGGGGUCUCUGAAUUGCCUUAUAUUGCUAUGUUCCUUGGAACUAUCGCUGGUGGUUUAAUAUGUGUGUUUUUUGAGAAAAGAUUUGGUCGUAUCAUGCAAGAAAAGGGAAGACCAAUCCCUGAAGAACGUUUACCUGCUAUGAUGGUUGGUUCAGUUUUCUUCGCUAUUGGUAUGUUUUGGUUGGGUUGGUCCGGUGCUUUCGGUGAUAAAGUACAUUGGAUUGUUCCUUGUAUCGGUGCUUUCAUUAUUGGUAUGGCUUUGAUCUUGACUUUCUUACCAUGCUUGAAUUACAUUGUUGACUGUUACUUGUUAUAUGCUGCUUCUGCCUUGGCUGGUAACACUUUCCUUAGAUCUUCAUUUGGUGCAGUAUUCCCCUUAUUCGCUUAUCAAAUGUUUGUCAACAUGAAAAUCCAAUAUGCUUCCACUUUGUUGGGUUCUCUUGCUGCUAUUGCUAUCCCAGUACCCUUUUUAUUCUACAAGUACGGGGCCAAGAUUAGAGCUAGAUCUAAGUACGCGAUCGAUGAUAACUUUGUCCUUCCUUUCUGA